AUGCUUGCUUGUUAUGUGGUAGACGAACCCGAGGAAUGGGACAGGUAUCUGCCAUUCGUCACAUUUGCAUACAACACGUCUAAACAAGCAACUCUUAAAGAUAGCCCAUUUUACCUUUUCUACGGAAGAGAACCCAUUUUACCAAUUGACAUUAAGAUCAACCGUCAUUACGAAAUGGAAGGAAAUCAACAUGAAGAAUAUUCACGCCAGUGGAAAAAGGCACAAGAAUUAGCGAACCAACAUUUGUUCAAAGCCCAAACGAAGCAGAAAAAGUAUUAUGAUGACGGGACAAAAAGUGUCAAGUACAAUCCAGGCCUAUGCAUCACCUUAAAUGAUGAAGAAGAGGGGCGAGUUAGAUUGGCAACACUAAAAACAUGCAGUAGACAGGGAACAAUUAGUGAAAGUCAACAAUGGGUUAUCGAAAUCCUAACAACAAACCCGGAUGUGUUGGAUAAUUUCCCAGAUGCAUCCAUUGACGAAUUCGAAGAAAUCCAGUUGGAACAGAGGACAUCAGUAACAACGACCGUCAGUUCGCCAAUUUUCGGAGGAUUAUUAAAACGGAACCAUGGGAGAGGAAAUAUCAUAUGGGACAUGAUAGGAUGGGGACUAAUGAAACAUGACGAACCCGAGGAGUGGGACAGGUAUCUGCCAUUCGUCACAUUCGCAUACAACACGUCUAAACAAGCAACUCUGAAAGAUAGCCCAUUUUACCUUUUCUACGGAAGAGAACCCAUUUUACCAAACGACAUCAAGAUCAACCGUCAUUACGAAAUGGAGGGAAAUCAACAUGAAGAAUAUUCUCGCCAGUGGAAAAAGGCACAAGAAUUAGCGAACCAACAUUUGUUCAAAGCUCAAACGAAGCAGAAAAAGUAUUAUGAUGAAGGGACAAAAAGUGUCAAGUACAAUCCCGGCGAUCUGAUGGAGAAAAAAUUACUACUCUUUUGCAUUCUAACUACAUUGCAAACAACCCACACAAUCUUCUCGUCUGUAUGCGAUUGCAACUAUGUUAAAACACGAGGAAUUCUAGAUAUUAACUCACCAUACUAUUGCCAAAACCCCAGCACUAAUCAUCAACCACGAUACCUAACAAAUUAUACGCUAAUGACUAAACAAAAUCCAGUAAAAACUUGGAAAGGAUGGACUUGCAAACAAUGGAUUAAGACUAAGAAAAUAACCGGAUCUUUCUGGAUAGGAUCUUUUGACACAGUUUAUUCACAGGAAACAAAAUUGCUCUCAGCAAUUGAAUGCUGGGAAAUGGUAAAUAAUAAAAAAUGUGGGGGUAAUCUUAUGCAGGCAGGAACAACAACGUUGAGUUUUACAUCAACUCCUACAGGGGAAGGGAAGUGGUAUGCUAUCAAAGAAUACCAUGCAUUAAAUUGUUUAGCAGAAGAGAUAACAUUAAAACAAGAGACACCAGAAAGCUUAGUGGAAAGUCCAUUUGGAUUCUUAAACACCACUCAGCAAGAAGGGGAGUAUACACAAAAUCAUAACACCAUAGUAUGGGGAGAUAGAUCAACAAAUUCAUCAAAUUCACAAAUUAUUUUUAAAGGUGAAGGGUAUAUAGAAUUAACAAACUCAAUGAUUAAUGUAAAUACUAGCCGUCUUCUUGAUAAUAACAAGCAGAUAGAAAUAACUUUCUCUAACAAACCAGAUAUAAAUAAUAAAGAAUUUGCCCAACCUGGAUUUAAAGUAGUAGGGAUGCCUUUAACAUUUCUUAUUUUUCCAAACCAAGUAAAUGUAGAUACAUGGUCUUGCAAUGAAUACGCAGAUCCAAUAGCGAGCAAAGUAAAACGGUCGACUAAUAACGAAAUUGAAUUUCUUGACAAUCGUGCUAAGAAAGAAGCUAUGGGAAAAAGACUUUACAGCAUAUCGUAUGCAUGGGGUUCGAUACGAAUGGGACAUCCUAUAAUAACAAACGUAGAAGAAAAUGGAAUAAUGACUAAAAAAGAUACAAUUGCGUAUCUCAUGGUUAAUGGUUCAUCAAUAAACACGCAAGUAUCAGUCCACAACCAAUAUGAUAUCCAAGAUCCUUUGCCAACAGGAACAAAAUUCGAAUACAUCGUAGAUCACAGCAUAAGGCUUAUGAACACUAACAUCUGCAUCGUGGCAAAUGAAAACAAUCAAAUUAUGGCAGAAAAUUGUACCGAAAAAACAUCAAGAUGGAUACUGGAUUUAAUUAACUACCAAUGGAUUUCUCUAGAAACAGGCCUGUGCAUCACCUUACAUGAUGAAGAAGAAGGACGAGUUAGAUUGGCAACACUAAAAACGUGCAGUAGACAGGGAACAAUUAGUGAAAAUCAACAAUGGGUUAUCGAAAUCCUAACAACAAACCCGGAUGUGUUGGACAAUUUCCCAGAUGCAUCCAUUGACGAAUUCGAAGAAAUCCAGUUGGAACAGAGGACAUCAGUAACAACGACCGUCAGUUCGCCAAUUUUUGGAGGAUUAUUGAAGCGGAACCAUGGGAGAGGAAACAUCAUAUGGGACAUGAUAGGAUGGGGACUAAUGAAACAUGGUAAGUCACCCGAUGAAAAAUGUUUAACACACAAUGGCGUUAACAAACCAAUAACACUCGAAGCAUGCGAUCCUAACUGGAUCAAAUGUCAAACAAGCCUACAAAAAUUAUUAACAAGUAAUGACCCCUUGGUGCAAUCACAAACAACCGUGGCUAACUGUAGCGAAGCAUCUAGCAAGGGCCAAGCCUUCGAAUAUUCCUCAGACUUCACGAUAAGACCAUUUAACACAAACAACUGCAUUAAAGCGAACACAACGAUGCUCAUCCUGCACGAAUGCUCAGAUAAAAGUUCCAUCUGGGGAACAUUCGAUCACACAGGACAAUUAAUGGCAAGUGAUAGAACAGGACUUCAUUCAGGCGCUUCGGACCGGAAAUGCCUAACAAGACGGAUCGACAAAUUAUCGUUGGGACACUGUCAUGGAACAAGCCAGAAACAACAUUUUAGCUUCGAGUACCGGAAUCCACAUCAACCUAGAACAUUGACGGCAGCAGCAAUAAUAUCUCUACAUACGCAACACGCCUUAUUUGGAAAAAAUCUACCAAUCUUGCCACCAUUAAACCAUCGUGAUCCAAAGGAGAUUAACUAUAAAACAAACGCAACGGAAGGAAUAACUAAAAAUUCGACCAUAACGACAAAGUCAGCAACAUCCAUGACUGCUACAACAGAUAAAUCAGUCAUACCUUCCAUUGCAGCCAAGGUAACAACAAGUGCGAAGACAGAAACAACAACAACAUCGAUUAGGCCGACUACAACCACAACAAAACCGACAACAACCUUCAGAACAACAACAACAAAAUCAACUACUACCACAAAAAAGCCGACAACAACCACAAAAAAUCCGACCACAACCACACAAAAACCGACCACAACCACACAAAAACCAACCACUACCACACAAAAACCGACCACCAUCAUUCAAAAGCCAAAUACUACCACACUAAAAACAACCACUACCACACAAAUAACAGCCUCUACACCCAAAUCAACUACAACAUCAAAAUCUACGACAAUAUCAACAGAAGCAGAGAAAUUACCAACAAUAACAUCAACAACCGCAUCAUCAACAUUAACUAGUACAUCACUCAAAACGACUAUCACGACACAGUCAUCUACAACUACAGAAAAAGUUUUCACAGAAACCACAACGACAGACACAAUAAAACCAAAAUCUAACCAAGCUGAAAUUAUUUCGUCCACCGAGCCAACUAUAAGCCUAAAAUAUCUUACACCAAGUCAAAUAAGAGAACAGCCAAGCGAAACAACAACCACUGAAAUAACAAAAUCAAGGGAUAACGAAGAAGAAGAUAUAGAAAAAUUUGAGAGACAAAACAAUACAACCCGAGAUAAGUCAGAAUUUCAAGACAAAAAUUCAAAUGAUCAAUUAAAGGCUUCAACACAACAAAAGGAAAAUACAGCACACGAACUUGUAAUAGAUGACUAUCGACCGCUAAAUGACGCUAAUACAAGUAACGGUCUACCAAAAUCCACUGAGGAGCUAAGUGACUUGAUAAAAUACGAGCUUGGAAAAAUGCACGAGCAAUACAAAAUCAGUAUUGAAACUGAACACGACAAUAAAUUGGCAAAAGAAAUUCGGGAUGUUUACUGCCAGUUAUCAAAGAUAAAACGAACGCAAGCCAUAAUCUUAGCCCAAACAAAUGGAUUGCUUGCAGCCGCCGCACUCGGACUUCCAAUGUGUACAAGGAUAUAUGGUUUUGGUCAAGCCAUGACAUUGCAACAAUGCGACCCAAAAAGGAUAUCACUAUCAGCAAAAGAGACCAAGUGUGGGUUCCAGCCAUUUUUUGUUUACGGAAAAAACAACUGUACAAUCGGACUCGACGGAUGGUCUAUUCAUCCGUAUUCGGAGUGCUUUUGGAAAUCCCAAUUGAUAAACAUCAACGGAUAUCCUCAUACGUGGCAACAUAACGCCACAGCAGGAGACUGGAUUAAACAAGAGGCGACCAUACAUACUUCAAAUCUGGAUUUAAUUGCAGAAUUCGAAGAACUGCACUUAAACAGUUUCGACUAUGGAUUAAGGAACCAUCCAGCUCAUGGAACCAUGGAAAUGGAACAGCUAAACAUCUUAAAUGACCUGGUGGGACGAAUUAAUGAAGGAGAAGGCAAAGAGUUACCUGACAUCCUAGUAACAGAAGAGCAGGACAAUCAAAUCGGGAACAUGUUUUCCUGGUUUGACACAUUAAAAAUUAUGGCUCUCUCAGCGAUAGGAUUCAUCCUAUUUCUCAUCUGUCUAAGAAUUUUUAUUGCCUGUAAUCCUAUUCCACGGAUUAAGGAAAGCUUCAGACGACGCAAGCAAUCACGUAACGUGAGCGAAAGUGAUGGUCAAGAAAUGGAUUCAAUGAUACCAGAACCCAUCUACAGCGCUGGAGGAGCAAAUGAAAAACCGUUCAUUAGGGAAUUUGCACCUUUAAUGACGUUAGCAACAGAAACACCAAAAGAAACCCUUACGUCGAUAAACACACCAAGUGCACCAAAGAAAGGAAAAUUGUACCCUAUCGAAGAAUUAAAAUGGGAAAACGAGCAAAACAAGGAAUGUACAGGUAGCCACACGACCUGCAGCUAUGUCGUUGGAUACGGAAUGGUGUGGGAGGAUCUAUGCAGAUGUACUCCAGAAGACCAUUUAAAACGCACAAUUAACAAAUAA